CGAGAGGCUGUGGAUGGGGAGCGGGUUGGCGGAGGCGGCUUGGGAGCGGAUCCCCGAGAACCACGGAAAGCAUUGAACACUUUCUCACCAUGUUAAUGGCAUUUUGAACACAUCUGUCCAUUUUCCCAAUUUUGACUGAAGACAUUUGAAGAGUUUAUACUUGAGAAUUAAAGUGUGAUUCAGCUAUCAGACUUUGAAGAUGAAUCUGGAAAAACUAAGCAAGCCUGAACUCCUGACACUCUUCAGCAUUCUUGAAGGAGAGCUUGAAGCCAGGGAUCUUGUUAUAGAAGCUUUAAAGGCCCAACACAGAGAUACUUUCAUUGAAGAACGCUAUGGAAAAUAUAACAUCAGUGAUCCCUUAAUGGCUCUCCAGAGAGAUUUUGAAACUCUGAAGGAGAAAAAUGAUGGUGAAAAGCAGCCAGUGUGCACAAACCCCCUGUCCAUCCUUAAAGUGGUGAUGAAGCAGUGUAAGAACAUGCAGGAGCGCAUGCUGUCCCAGCUGGCUGCUGCCGAGAGCCGACACCGAAAGGUGAUUCUAGACCUUGAAGAAGAAAGACAGAGGCAUGCACAGGACACAGCUGAAGGAGAUGAUGUCACAUACAUGCUGGAGAAGGAGAGAGAGCGGCUAACUCAGCAGUUGGAAUUUGAAAAGUCUCAAGUGAAAAAAUUUGAAAAAGAGCAAAAGAAGCUCUCUAGUCAGUUGGAGGAGGAGCGCUCCCGCCACAAGCAGCUCUCGUCCAUGCUGGUGCUCGAGUGCAAAAAAGCCACGAGCAAGGCUGCAGAGGAGGGGCAGAAGGCUGGAGAGCUGAGCCUGAAAUUGGAGAAGGAAAAAAGCCGCGUCAGCAAACUAGAGGAAGAGUUGGCUGCCGAGCGGAAGCGAGGCCAGCAGACCGAGGCCCAGGUGGAGAAGCAGUUGUCUGAGUUUGAUAUCGAAAGGGAACAACUGAGAGCAAAACUGAACCGAGAAGAGAACCGGACCAAAGCUCUGAAAGAAGAGAUGGAAAGUCUGAAGAAGAUAGUGAAGACGCUAGAGGCUUCCCAGCAGCACAGUAGCACUGACGAGCAACCGAAGAAACGAGCAGCCAUGUCCAAAGGCACAGCGACUGAGCCUCCCAUGCUCGUGUCUGUAUUUUGCCAAACGGAGAACGUUCCAGCAGAAAGAACCCAUGGGAGCCCCGUAGCCAAGGUGGCAAACACUGGUCUUCCCGGCCCUACCACAUCUUCUUACUCAUAUGCAAAAACCAAUGGUCAUUGUGACCCAGAAAUUCAAACUGCCAGGGAGUUGAUUGCAGGCAACAGUGCAGAAAACCAAGUGCCUCCACGAGAGAAAGCUAUGGCAUUGUCCCAAGAAAAACCAGUAGAGAAUGGUGGGUGUCCUGUGGGAAUGGAAACUCCAGUUGUGAUGGCCAGUCACCUCCCCUCCAGUGGAAGCUCACUGUCUCCCAGCAGCACUGCCUCCUCCUCUCUCACGUCCUCCCCUUGCUCUUCACCAGUACUUACUAAGCGCUUACUGGGGUCAUCGGCUAGCAGCCCCGGCUACCAGUCAUCCUACCAAGUAGGGAUCAACCAGCGGUUCCAUGCAGCUCGGCACAAAUUUCAGUCCCAGGCAGAUCAGGACCAGCAAGCCAGUGGCUUACAGAGCCCUCCAUCCAGGGAUUUGUCCCCAACCCUUUUAGAUAACUCUGCUGCCAAGCAGCUGGCCCGAAACACAGUCACUCAGGUGCUCUCCAGAUUCACCAGCCAGCAAGGGCCAAUCAAGCUUGUUUCUCCCAAUAGUUCUCCCUUUGGCACAGACUACCGAAAUCUGGCUAACACGGCCAGCUCAAGAGGUGAUACCAGCCAUUCACCUACUCCAGGGAAAGUGUCCAGCCCUCUAAGUCCCCUGUCUCCAGGAAUCAAGUCUCCAACCAUCCCCAGAGCUGAGAGAGGUAACCCUCCACCUAUCCCACCAAAAAAGCCUGGCCUCACCCCUUCUCCAUCCACUACCACUUCAGUGACCAAAACUCAUCCCCAGGCAGCCUCUGCUACCACCACAGAAGACCUUGCCAGCAGCUGCUCUUCCAGCGCCGUGGUGGCUAACGGCAAGGACGUUGAGAUACUUUUGCCUACCAGCAGCUAGUCCCUAGGCAUCGCAACCUUUGACAUUCCAUCCGAUCGUCCAAGAGCUCAGCGUUAGACCAUGGAGUCAGAUUGUGUUAUUUAUUUUGAUGGUAGUGAAUAGCAUCUGUAUUUAGUGUAUUUGACCUUUUUGUAUUUUUUUUUAAAGUAGAAACAGUAGUUUGGAUUUUUAUGGCUCAUGUCUUUGUACUAAGCUAGAAGGGCACCUCAGAGAAAUCUCAAGCUCAGCAGUCACCGUCAUAUUGUGAUGGAGAAAGCUAAUUGAGAACCAGGUAGUGAUCUGUCGUCUAUUUUGGGACUGGAAUUAUUCAACAUUCAUUUUUAAUUAUGCAGAAGUGGUUUUAUUCCAGAUGAACAUGUUUUAAAAGUGCCUGAAAUAAGACUGCCAUAUGAAUGUGAUUCUGCAGCAAAAAAAAAAAAAAAAAAAGAGAUCACUGAAUUACAGAAAAUGAGAUCCUCUGUGAAUUCUGAAUGUUAAAAACCAACACUGCUUUUAAUCCUCCUUUACUGUUUUUACUACAAGCUUUGUGUUCUGAAACAAGGCUGCAUAAGUAAUAUGGGAAUGCUUCCAAAGGUGGGUGUGAACGCUAUAAAGCUGAGCUUUAUAGAGCCUGUGAAGCCUUCCUGAGCACUAAACAGUUGGGGUGCUGAUUUUCUUGUACUUUUGAAGAAUUAAGUCACUCCUAGUUUCUUGCAUAAAUUCUUGAAUAGAAUGAAAUCACAUCUCCAUUCAAAAAUACCUUCAAGCAUCUACUGUUGUGUAAGGAACUUCUGAUUCUGAUUGCUUUUACUUGAAUAGGAAAAUGGUUAGUAUAAAAGUAUUUUGCAACAGAAUGAAAUCUUUAUUCUGUAAUCAAAAAGCAAUAACUUAAAAAUUCACUCUUUGUAAUAUUAUAAGUCGAUUAUACUGGUUUUACCAAAAUGUUACUAUUCUCCAAGCUGCCAGCACUUGUUUGUAUCUGUGCGACCAAAUUAACUUUUGCCUAAAUGGAAGUAUACAUAUUGUCUAUGUAGAUAUAUACCCCUUUACAUGUUCACCAUGCACACACUUAAACACAUAAAUAUUAGUGUGAUUAUAUCUUUGGAGUUUGCAAUAUACCAUAAAGGACAAGUAGAAUUGCACAUUAAGAUUACCUACCAAAGCAACUUAGAUGUGUCUCGGACCCAGUCACUCACAGGCAGAAUACCUUCCACAGUAAGUCAGGGAAUUCCAAAUGAAGUCCAAGUCUUCAUCACCAUAAAAAGGCACAACUAAACUCAUCCCAGGGUCACAAAAAUGUACUAGUCAUAUGAAUAUGUGAAGCAGAUCGUUCUGGCAGUGCUGUUAAACAGCCUGAAAUGAUAGGAACUUUGGCAAGCCAAAAUGCCCCAGCCCCAUGUAAAAGGGCCACCUAUUCAGCUCUAGCUAGUCCCAUGCAAGAAUGCUAGACAAGGGCUACCAGCUCUUUAGAUCUUUGUGGAAUCCAAAUUGUAACAAAAUUUCCAUUUUAAAUAUUAAUCAUUUCUUUAAAUUUUCCAGAGCUGAGUCAGAACGCUUUUAAAUGCUGCUGUAUAAACAAGCAGGUUCAAAGCUGGCUUUGGUUUGCAAACUGCCAAGUUGCACUCUCAUUCUAGACACUUCUGCCAUUUCCAUCAUUGUAAGUUUGUAUAGAGAGAAGCCUCCAGACUGCGUAGUCCAUAAAAUAAGAUGUCCCUCUUCCAAACAGGAUUCUCCACACCCCAACUCAGACAUGGUGGCUUCCUGAUUUUACAUGCACCAGGAGGAAGCAGCCUUGGUGCCUUCACACACAUUCUCCUAACCAGCUCUAUCCAGCAGCCCACAGACCUCCUAUAAUUUAAUUUCUGUUCCUUUUAAUCCCAUAUGAGCUGCUAGGGAAAGGCAGGUGGUGGAAAUCAGUGUGGAAAUCACAACAGUAUACUGAUGACCCCACAGUUUGGUUGAUUAAGCUUAGUAAAUACCUGUAAUAUGAAAAUGCCACCGAUGCAUUAGGGUGUUGAGUAGAAUGGUGUAGGGGCGUAUCUUAAAACUAUCCAAAGCAAUCACACGUUGAAUUUUCUUUCCAUUACAGAGCCAAAAUGAAACAGUGUUGAUAAAACAGCUGAACCUUCCAAUCAGGAAGGGAAGCUCCAUUGCCAGAGUAUUAUUACCUCUCUUGCUUUAACUGGUAAUCUUAAAAGUUGCAUUAUGCUCUUCCUUUGUUUGGGGAUAGAUAUAUAAAGAGAUACUAUAAGGGAGUUUAUUUCUUAGGAAGUGCACUGAAUAAUGUAUUUCUUUUCCAGUGUAAUAUGGGGGUGGGAAUAUGCAAGAGAAAUGUGUAUUUUUGCUAGUUGCCUAUCUUCUGAGAUAAAUAAGCACAAUCCUACAAUGGAUCCAAUAAUUCAGUUAGAUAUUAAAAUAGGUUACUAUUUAAGUUUGCGGUAGAUUGUGUGUGUGCUGAGUAAAAGUUCCAUGAUUCACAGUUUUGGUAUUAACCCAUGUUGAAAAGGCUAAUGCUGGUCAACAGAUUAUAAUGAUGUACAAUGUAUAACAAGCAUUAACGUUUGUAAAGCCAAAUGUACCAUGCAGAAGUCUUCAUUUUUAUAUCACACUACAUUAAAAACAAGCUAAACCAUA